AAUGAGCCGUGUAAUGCAUUCUCCAGUGUGCUGCAGCAGCUGAGGGCCAACCAGCCGGACGUGUUGGGAAGAUCUCAGACGAUGAAGCUGGAAGAAUCAUGAUGGCGGCAGCAUCAGGACAGCAGCCAAGCUUCGUGUCUGGCCCGUACAGGCUGACGGACUCUCGCACGCUUCUCUAGCCUUCGCGCCGUCUCGUCCACAGCCUCCGUGCCCCUCCCGAACGCGCAAAAGCAACAAUGUUCUCCCGAAGCCUCAGGUCAACAAUAACCCCACCUUGCUCUUCCUCCUCCUUUCGUCCCCUCUCCUCCAUCCUCAAUUGCAACAAGAGCCAUCUCCAGCCUUUCCGUGCUUUCCAUCAAUCCUCGCCCAUCAUGUCCAACACCAAGGCUUUCUUCGACAUCCAGUACGCCCCCGUCGGCUCUUCUGAGCCCAAGACGGGCCGCAUCGUCUUCGAGCUCUACGAGAAGGACGUCCCCAAGACCGCUCGCAACUUCCGUGAGCUCUGCAAGCGCGAGAAGCCCGAGGGUUACAAGGGCUCUUCCUUCCACCGUAUCAUCCCCCAGUUCAUGCUCCAGGGUGGUGACUUCACCCGUGGCAACGGCACUGGUGGCAAGUCCAUCUACGGCGAGAAGUUCGCCGAUGAGAACUUCAUCUACAAGCACGACCGUCCCGGUCUUCUCUCCAUGGCCAACGCUGGUCCCAACACCAACGGCUCCCAGUUCUUCAUCACCACUGUCCCCACCUCGUGGCUCGACGGCAAGCACGUCGUCUUCGGCAAGGUCGCUGACGACGAGUCCUUCAAGGUUGUCAAGGAGAUCGAGGCUCUUGGCAGCUCCUCCGGCGCUGUCCGCUCUGCUGUCAAGCCCACCAUCGUUGACUCUGGUGAGCUGUAAAUGACCAGACGACGGUCCGCUCUCUGAGGUAGCAGGCGUCGGCCUUUGCCAAUGCUGAAUAAUGGGUUAAAAUCACCG